AUGGGUUCUUUGAACCGCACUAUAAGACUGCUAUGUAUAGUCCCAAUAUCCACCACUGGCAUGACAGAGGACCUCGUCCGCAUAUACAAGCCAAGGCCUGGGCUUGAUAUAUCAUUCAUUGACGGCCGUGGCCUCUUGGGCUGUCCGCCAUGUAUAGAGAACGAAACGCAAGCAUUCGAGUCGACGAGGGCCGUGCUUCCUCGGACCGUCGAUUACAUCAGCUCUCACACCCUCGACGGCGUCCUCAUUUGCUGUUUCUCGAACCACCCUCUCGUGAGCGCCCUCAGAAAACGGGUCACUAUCCCCGUCACGGGCAUAUUUCAAGCCGCCCUCCAAGAGGCAACGCAACACGGCGGGAAAUUCGGCAUCGUGACCACGGCCUGGGCUUGGGAAAGGCCGCUGACCGACUCAGUGAGCGAACUCGGGUUCCGUAGGAACUCUGCGGGCGUCGCGGCGACCGGGAUCGGCCCGCUUGAGCUGGAAAUCCUGGACCGGGAGGUAGUCAUCAACCGGAUAGCCACGUUCUCGAAGGCGUUGAUAGACAAGGGGGCGCAGAGCAUCAUCCUCGGAUGCGCCGGCAUGACGGCGCUGGAAGAAGACAUCCUGGCAGCCCUACCACCUGGGAUCAGAACGGUUGACGGGGUCCGGGCAGGGAUUCGCAUAUUGUCACGGCUGGCUGAGGAGACGGUCAUUAUGGAAACGGCACCUCGGUGCAUAGACGACAGCAAGUGCAUAUGCACGAUUCACAGUACACAAUUAACGAGUGGCGCUGCGCAGGUCCCCUGA